AAAUGUCACUUUCUGUCUGGGCGACGUAGCAGAAGGGCGCUGUAACCUUGCACUUGAAUUUAAAAUUACGCGAUUUAAAUUUAGGUUAUUUUGCCGGUGCCCCUUUUUUAAAUUUAUAUUUCAAGUGCAACAUAUAAAAAGAUGGCUGAAAAUGGUUUUUUGAAACAAGCUCCAGGCUUUGCAACUCUUGCUAUUCACGCCGGUCAGGAUCCUAGUAAAUGGAAGUCAUCAGCGGUAGUUCCUCCAAUUGUUACUUCCACAACUUUCAAACAGACAGCUCCCGCAGAACAUAAUGGCUUUGAAUAUGGCAGAUCUGGCAAUCCAACAAGGAAUACACUGGAAGAGUGUUUAGCGGCUCUUGAUGAUGGCAAAUAUGCGUUGACAUUUGCUUCUGGGUUGGGAACAACCACUACAAUAGCUUCUCUAUUGAGCCGAGGUGACCAUAUAAUUUCUGGUGAUGAUGUCUACGGAGGCACCAAUAGAUUGUUCAGACAAGUCGUGCAAAGAAUGGGUAUUGAAAUUUCAUUCAUCGACUUCACAAAUAUCGACCUUCUUACAAAAUCUAUACAGAAGAACACAAAGAUGAUAUGGCUGGAGACCCCAACGAAUCCGCUGAUGAAAAUAGCCGACAUCUCUACCGUGUCAAAGAUUGCUAAGAGCCACGGCGAUAUCAUUGUGGUGGUGGACAAUACUUUCCUCACGCCGUACCUGCAGAAGCCUCUCAACUAUGGAGCUGAUAUAGUCGUCUACUCACUAACUAAAUACAUGAACGGGCAUUCUGACGUCAUCAUGGGAGCCGCUGUGGUCAACGACAAGGAUUUGGAGGAAAGACUAAGAUUUUUACAAAACGCAAUGGGCAUCGUACCAUCACCGAUGGAUUGCUACCUAGUGAACAGAAGUCUGAAGACCUUGGCCCUAAGGAUGGAGCAACACAAGAAGUCGUCGUUAGUCAUAGCCAACUGGCUGUUAAAACAUCCGAAUGUCACGGAAGUUAUGCAUCCAGGUAUGUCAUCACACAAGCAGUUCGCGGUCGCCAAGAAACAGAUGACAGGACAUUCCGGAGUAUUCAGCUUCAGACAUUCGGGCGGUUUGAAGGAGUCCAGGAAAUUCCUCAGCGCCCUCGAAAUAUUCAUCCUAGCGGAGAGUUUGGGAGGAUACGAGAGUUUAGCUGAGUUACCGUCAGUAAUGACGCACGCAUCAGUGCCGGCGGAGCAGCGAGCGGAGCUGGGCAUCACGGACUCCCUCGUCCGGCUGUCAGUGGGCUUGGAGGACACAGAGGAUCUCAUAGCCGAUCUCGACCAAGCAUUCAAUGUUGCAUUUAAAUAAUUAUUCACUCAACCCGAUAUUAUGUAUUAUAAUGUGAUGUUAAAUAAGGGACCGUCCAUGGAGCGCUAUUUAUGUCUUUAAAAUAUUUCAUACUCCUCAUGUAUGAAAUAUUUUAAAGACAUUUAUCUGUGGAUGGUCGUUUACUAAAGUUCCUUUUAAAUUAUAUUUUUUACCGAUUUAACAUGUUCGCGGCAUUAGUAUGAAAAGUUUUAUAAAUUAGUAAUUUGAAAAAAUAUGAAGUAAUUGUAACGCUAACUUUUAAUCACAAAAGAUUUAAAUCACAAUUCACAAGACAAAAUGACCGCAGCUGUGGUGCAAAUGGAUUUUUAAAUUUUAUAUUCGAACGUGUUAAAUCAAUGAUCAUGAAUAUUAUAUUAUUUUUGUUUAAUUGUU